AGAAUGAAAUGAAUGUAGAACCCUAACUAACUAACAAACCUGUUGUGUUGUGAAUGAAUUGUAUAAUAGAGAUAUGUGGGGUAGGGCGUAGUAUAGUAUAUUCAAAUCAAUUGUAUAGUGGGUACAGGUUCAUUGAUACAUACAUUUGGUGGUAGAGUAAGAAAAGACAAAUUAAGAGCGCGCGAAAGAGAUUAGAAAAUGAAGAAGACAACAACAAAACGCCCUUCCAAGAAAUCCCACGCCGCCGAAAAUGGAAACGGAAAGCCUCCUUCCCCUUCUUCCCAACCGGGUGAUGGAGGAGAAAGAACUGUGAAGAAGGUCAAAUUGUCGAAGGCUCUCACCAUCCCCGAUGGGACAACCGUUACGGAUGCAUGUAGACGAAUGGCCGCUCGCCGUGUCGACGCGGUUCUUUUAACUGAUUCCAGUGCUCUUCUUUCUGGAAUUCUCACUGACAAGGAUGUUGCUACUAGAGUUGUGGCUGAGGGAUUGUCACCGGAUGAGACACAUGUCUCCAAAGUUAUGACACGGAAUCCUAUUUUUGUUACAUCUGAUACACUCGCCAUUGAUGCUCUUCAGAAGAUGAUUCAGGGUAAAUUCAGGCACCUCCCAGUUGUGGAAAACGGUGAAGUCAUUGCCAUAUUGGAUAUCACCAAAUGUCUUUAUGAUGCCAUAGCUAGAGUGGAGAAGGCUUCUCAGCAAGGGAGUGCCAUUGCUGCUGCUGCAGUUGAGGGGGUGGAACAUCAGCGAGCUCCAAAUGCUUUCAUUGAUACAUUGAGGGAGCGCAUGUUCAAGCCUUCCUUAUCAACUAUACUUGGUGAAAAUACAAAGGUUGCUAUUACAUCAGCAUCAGAUCCUGUCCAUGUAGCUGCAAAGAGAAUGCAAGAGUUGCGUGUCAGUUCAUCUGUGAUUGUAACAGAAAACAAGAUUCAGGGGAUAUUGACUUCGAAAGACAUUCUUAUGCGUGUUAUGGCUCCAAAUCUUUCACCAGAGUCGACCCUAGUGGAAAAGGUAAUGACUCCAAACCCACAAUGUGCAACACUAGAGACAACAAUUAUUGAUGCUCUGCAUAUGAUGCAUGAUGGGAAGUUCUUACAUCUUCCUGUGGUGGACAAAGAUGGAAAUGUCGUUGCUUGUGUGGAUGUUUUGCAGAUAACUCAUGCUGCAAUUUCUCUGGUCGAAAGUAGCUCUUCCGGAAAUGUUAAUGAUGUGGCAAGCACAAUUAUGCAAAAGUUUUGGGACUCAGCUUUUGCUCUUGAGCCUCCUGAAGAUUACGACACUAACAGUGAAGUCUCUGGACAACUGACUUUGGAUGGGGCAGAUACCACAAAGUCCACAUACCAAUCUGCAGGUUUUGGAAAUUCAUUUACUUUUAAAUUUGAGGAUCUCAAUGGCCAAGUGCAUCGCUUUACCUCUGGUUCUGAAAAUCAAGACGAGCUUGUAUCAGCUGUUAUGCAAAGAAUUGGUCCUGUUAAUGAUGGAGAACGCCCUAGGCUGCUGUAUGAAGAUGACGAGGGUGAUAAAAUUAUUAUUGCUACUAAUAACGAUCUUGCUGCUGCUGUCAGCUAUGCUAGAUCUGCAGGACUGAAGGCUCUAAAGUUGAACUUGGAGUUUGCUGAUUCUACCAAACUAAAACCAAACACUGAUAUAACCACUAAGCAGAAAACCAGUAUAGUGUCUCUCCGCUCUGGAAUUUUUGCAGGUGCUGUUGUUCUAACAAGCAUCAGUAUAUUGGUCUACUUAAAGCGCGCCAAUCAGUGAUAUGUUUGCCAGUUUGGAAACAGAACAUGCAGUCAUCACUGCAUACACUGCAUAAAUUGCGAGUUCUGUCGUAAUUCAAAUAUUUGCUCAAACUGAAUAGGCAAUUGAUGUGAAGCUCUUCUAAUAGCCAUUUUUUUCAGUCUGAUGUAAGUUAACCGAGUAAUCUCUUCUCGCUACAAAUGAGUAUAUGUUGAGAUAAAGUCGUGGCAUAAAAUUAUCAAAUGGCAUGGUAUUCUUCAAUUUAUAUUUAUUGAAUUUCAUAUUGUUCAGUUCAUAUUGGGAUAUCUGCAACUUUUCCGGCUGUGGUAUACGGUGAUGUUCUGUAAUCAGUUUUAAUUUUGAUCAAAAAAUAAUUCGUAUUAGGUGAAAA